AUGUCGAAUCACUUGCAAGCCCAGAACUCCCAGUUUCAGAAUGAGAUUGCUAUGAUGGAUCCAGCAGAGACAGAUGAUCCGCUGGAUGUUUAUUUUCGCUAUAUCCAGUGGCUGUUUGAAGUGUUCCCGCAGGCUACUGGGCAUCAGGAGGUCAUCAAGUUGGUGGAAAAGCCCCUGCGACUGUUUCGUGACGACGAGAGGUACCGCAACGACGCUCGCUAUGUUAAAAUGUGGAUCUGGUAUACGGGCUUGAUUAACGAAGGGCAAGAGGCUGUUUUCCAAUUUCUGUUGUCUAAUAAUAUUGGCGAUUCGCUGGCCGUGCUCUACGAGGAGUAUGCUAAGCUUUUGGAGGGCCGAGAGAAGACAAGAAAGGCAGAUGAGGUUUAUCAGUUGGGCGUGGCGAGGAAGGCUCAACCGCUAGCCCGUCUAGAGCGCAAGUAUGUGGAUUUUCAGAGGCGCGUUAUG